AUGCAACCCGAGAAACCACGAGGAAGACGAUUUACGAUUGAUGACAAGGUGUUUGCAUUGUCUCUUUUUAAACAAAGUGGGAAGGCAUAUUCGACACUUUCAAAAGUGUUCGCACUACCUUCACGAAAGUCAAUCACUGAUCUGUUGAAAAAUGUAUCUUUUGAAACAUGCAUCAACAAAAAAAUUUUUGAACAUUUAAAAGGGUCCGUGAAAAAAUUGAAAAACAAACUCGAUCGAUUCUGCACGGUUAUUUUUGAUGAAGUGUCCAUUUCUGCAUCAUUACAAUUUAAUGAAUCAAACGGUAUGGUUAUUAGCUUUGAAGACCUUAGGCAAAGUGAUCGCUCAACUAAAUUCGCAGAUAAAGUUCUUGUGUUCAUGGUUCGAGGUAUCAGGAAAAAAAUUAAACAGCCAGUUGCAUUUUACCUCACUACCAGCAAAAUGAAUGGUCUAAAGCUUGCUAAAAGUAUCAAAGAAGUGAUUGAAGCUGUAAAAUCAACUGGUCUUACCGUCAUCUCUACUGUAUGUGACCAAGCACCUACUAAUGUGGCUGCGAUAAAUAGACUGCGUCAAGAAACAAACACUAAAUAUAUGAAGAAAGAAAAAGAAAACCGUCUUUUUGGUUUUGAAAUAAAUGAUAAGGAAAUCAUUCCUCCCUUUGAUGUUCCACAUCUUUUAAAAGGUCUUAGAAACAACUUUAUAACAAAAGAUCUAAAUUUUAUUUAUGACAACAGCCAAAAAAAAGCUUCUUGGAAGCACAUAACUCAGUUUUAUGAGUUUGAUAAAGAUAAGAGCACAGAAGGAGAUCGUCUAGUACCUUAA